UUUGGUUACAGGCUAAGGUUAUGUACUCCGCAAUUACCCUUUGAAAUACUUCUCUCCCAUUAUUUAUUAAGACACAAUGCGUAUUGAUACGUGUUAUUUUUGCUCCUCACGGAUUUAUCCUGGUCAUGGAAUCCAAUUUGUAAGAAAUGACUGUAAGAUAUUUAAGUUUUGUCGAUCGAAAUGCCACAAAGCUUUUAAAAGGAAGAAGAACCCUAGGAAAGUCAAGUGGACCAAAGCAUAUCGUAAAUCUGUUGGGAAGGAAUUGGCAAUUGACCCGUCAUUUGAAUUUGAAAGGAGGAGGAAUAUUCCGCUGAAAUACGACAGAGAGUUUUGGCAGAAAUCGAUUGAAGCAAUGAAGAAGAUUGAGGCCAUUAAAAACAAAAGACAGAAUACUUACAUUAUGCAGAGAUUAAGAAAAGCCACUGAGCUUGAAACCCAGAGGGAUAUUAAAGAAGUCCAAAGGGAUCUUUCUCUCAUCAGAUCUCCUGCUGCUGGUUUAAGAGAAAAAGAAAAAAUGGAAAUGGAAGAGUCAAUAGUAGAAGAAAUACAUGAUUCUGAUGAUGAAAUGAACGGGAACACGAGAAUGAUGGAAGUGAAUGGUUGAAUAGUAAUUUGUUAAUUUUUGGAAAUAAAUAUUUUAAUUUUUUACAUUUCUCAUUUUUUUAAAAUAACCAGUCUAUAAUAGUAAAAGGUUCUUUAACAUUACAAAGUUGAUGUGCCAUUACAUAAAACAGGAUGAGAUAAAUUAAAUCUAUAUUUUAAUUUAUAAAUGAUUCCAGAGAGAUUACAGUCUUAAGUUGCCUUAAAGUUUUUUUCUCUAAGUUUUAAAUUAAGAAAGAAAACUGUUUUUAAGAGCUCUUAAUCCAAACUGUAUGCUCUAUGUUAUAUUUAGCUUUUUACCAAGAACAUGACAUAAAUUUAUAUUUAUAUAACAUGGAAUAAAUGUUCAUUAAGAGGUAUGCAGAAUACCUUCAGCUUGUUCUUUUAAUAUUGCUCAUUAAAUGCGUCCAAACUAAUAAAAAUUAGUGUUCUAUUAGUAUUAUGGUUUACCAACUGUCAACAUAAUUUAUUAUGCCAAUUUUUGUAAUAACUUAGCUAAUUAAAAAAUUUCACCUUUAAUAUAAGAAAAAUUAUUUUUGAUUAGUUGAAUAACACUUUAUUUUGUAUAAAUCAAUAAUUAUUUAAAUGUAUUUUCUAAAGUUACAUUGUCUCUAGAAAUUGAAAUAUUGUCA